AUGGAGACGCACGGGGGCACGGGGGGACGCCUUGCGACGCGGUCCGGCGUCCAAGAAGUCGAAACGCGGAAGGCGCCCUCGUCCGAGGAUGGCGGCGGAGAAGCACCCGUGUGGGGCCCGUCCCAAACAGAGCAUCCAUGGAAUACGCGCAGAGGCGCGCAGGGCGCCUGCCUCGGCGAUGCAUUGAAUCCAGUGACGCGUCCGACAAUCGUGGACGCAGGUGGGGGAAAAUAUCAGGACACCGGGGAGGACAUCACCGUUCAAUGCCAGCAGAACCGUCCGUGGUCUGUCUCCUAUGACUCCGACGGCGACCUAUUAUUGGACAAGUCGACGUUACAACAUCUACCAAACCCCCACCCCGCAAACAAUCCGAUGUCAACCGCAAGCCGAACACCUUCCCUCACACCCUCCCGUUCUCCAUCCCCAGAGCCGCCGACCCAACCCGACCACUUCUAUGGCUCUGAGGGCGUGCCCCUCCCGCCGUCGCCGGACUCUCAAGGCAAGACAUGGCUAGACCCUGCCGACGACCUUUUGGCCACGCGAGGAAUCCCCGUGUUCAAGCCCUCGAUGGAGGAGUUUGCAGACUUCGAGGGAUACAUGACGAAGAUCGAGUGCUGGGGCAUGCGGAGCGGUAUCGUAAAGGUCAUACCUCCGAAGGAAUGGAAAGACGCGCUGCCCCCGGUGAACGAACAGCUCGCGGCCGUAAAACUCAAGAAUCCGAUUGAGCAACACAUGAUCGGGCGCGGGGGGCUCUUUCACCAGCAGAACAUCGAGAAGCGCCGUACGAUGAGUGUGCGCGAGUGGGUUGAGCUGUGCAACAAGGAGGAUUGGCGGGCACCCGGGGUCGAUGACGUCGGGCUGCACCAUGCCCCUCGAAAUAAUCCGACUUCGAGGCCGAGGAGGGGCAAGAAGAAAGCCGACGCCACCCCCGGUCCGGACGCCGCCGACUUUGUGCAGGUGAAGGCGGAGGCCGUCAACGACGAGGAGAAUAAUAUGCCAUCCAUAUCCCCCAUCACACCCCCUCAUAGCGCAGUUGCGCUCGUAGUCUCUUCGUCAGCUGCUAUCGUUGAAGACGAUGCUCAACUAAAACCCGCUGAUGCUGACUCCAACACCGCCAACGCACACUCUCAAAUGAUACAAGAUCUGAAAGAGGAAGAAGAAGAGAAGACAGACGAUGAGGGCGGGUCAGAGAAGGCAUCAGCACGCAAAGCCAAGGGUCGGCGCCAGGCACCGACUCGCGAGGUCAAGGAAGCUCAGCUGAGGGAGCGCGAGGCUAAAGACGCAGCUUUCCUCGAGGACUUUGAUCCCCAUUCAGAAUGGCUGCCUCCGAAUACUACGCCAUUCGAUUACACACCUGAGUUUUGCCAAAAGCUUGAGCGCCAAUACUGGCGGAAUUGUGGACUGAACAAACCUGCGUGGUACGGCGCUGACAUGGCUGGAUCCCUCUUCACGGACGAGACCAAAGCAUGGAACGUUGCGCACCUUCCGUCUCUUCUGUCGAGGAUCUUGCCCAGCUCCAAUGGCCUGCCAGGCGUGAACACGCCGUACCUGUAUUUUGGGAUGUGGCGGGCGACAUUCGCGUGGCACGUCGAGGACAUGGACCUCUUCAGCAUCAACUACAUUCACUUCGGUGCUGGCAAGUUCUGGUAUGCCGUUCCGCAAGGGAGAGCCGUCGCUCUGGAGGAAACGAUGAAGGGCCAUUUCCCUGACGGUCCAAUCCGCUGCCCACAGUUCCUCCGACACAAGUCGUAUCUGGUCUCGCCUAGACAGCUCGCAGAGUCGUCGUGUCGGCCCAACACCCUCGUGCAACACGCCGGGGAAUUCGUGAUCACGUACCCGAGGGGCUACCAUGCUGGCUUCAACUUGGGACUCAACUGCGCCGAAAGCGUCAACUUUGCGCUGGACAGCUGGCUGGACCUCGGCAGGAAGGCGAAAGCAUGCGAGUGUGUCAGCGAUAGCGUUCGCAUCGACGUCGACGAACUGCUGCGGGAGCGGGAGGCCGAGCGCCUCGCUGCAGCGAAAAAGCCUGCGAAACCGAGGUCCUCCCGCAAGCGCAAAUCCGAAGAGCACAAAUCAGGGCCCAAACCCAAAAGGGCAAAGACGAAACCGAGCUCGUCGGGUUCGACGUCCGUUGCCGGUCCCUCGACCCACAAGGUGACCCUGAAGCUCCUCGGGCCGAAGCCGAAGGAGCCUGAGACGUUCCCGUGCUGCCUGUGCGUCUCGACGAACGAAGACGGGCUGCUCCUCGUGCAUGAUCCUCCGACCAUCCACCAUGCUGCGCAUGCCGAUACAAAGGUGUGGCGGGCUCACGAGCACUGCGCGGACGUCGUUCCGGAGACGUGGGUGGAUGAAGUAGAAGUGGGCGCCGUGCGUGAAGAUGGGGCGAGGGCGAAGCAAAAGUGUGUGUUUGGCGUGGAUGCUAUCGUGAGGGACCGGUGGAGCCUGAAAUGCUCCGCGUGCACCAAGAAUCGGCCCAAGUUGCACGGGGCCCCGAUCCAGUGCACAAAGGGGAAGUGUCCGAAGGCAUUUCAUGUGUCCUGCGCUCGAGAGGGCGGCGGGGGCGUUGCGUACGAAGUCCUUCGGUCGGUGGAAAAGGAAGUCAUUCUCGUGGACCCUGUGACCAGCACUGCUCCCUCGACAUCCGUGGAUCAUACGAACGAAGGCUCCAUGAACGUCGAUGCUACAGUUGCUGCGCCGCAGGCUGUGGCUACCGAGAGCAUGGUCACGGAUGCUUCCGAUGCCGUGAAGGUCAUCAAGGUCAUCAAGAAAGUCGAGGUCUCUUGUCUGUGUCACCAGCACAAUCCGGCCGUCGCAGAAGCAAAGAAGGCCAACAAGCAAGAUAAGAUCCGCACCCAACUGCUCGCUCUGGAGCCCCUGGCGAGGAUCAAAGUGCGCAUCAGCGCUGGUGUGUUCGAGGUGUCUCUCGUGCGCGUCAUCGAAGAAACCAAGUCCGUCGAGGUGGUGUGGGAUAGGGGCGGCAAGAGGGAGUUUAAGUGGGGGAGCGUCGUGUUCGGGAACACCGAAGGCCAGAUCGUUGGUCAAAAGCCUACCGAGCCUGCGCCCGACCCGGAACACACUGAGCCUCGCGCGAUCGCAGCCCCGGCAGUCACCUAUCCAUCCUUGAACAUGUCCAUGGCGGCUUCAAGCAGUAACACGCCGGCGGCUGCGCUCCCAGGAUAUCCCGCUGCCUCUGCACGAACGCAGUAUAUCCCGUAUCAGCCACAGGGUUCCGCUGCGGCAUCGUACAGCUAUUACGCCAACCAUUGGGGACACUCGUAUUCGCAUUAUCAACAGCGCCCAGCUGCGUCGCAGUACACUCCAGGAGCGUAUGGGGCAUCGGCCGCGAUGUACGGCCAUCCGACGUACCCACAGUCGCAGUAUCUCAGGUAUUCUGCAUACACGAACAACGCAUACGCAUCUUACACGUAUCCCACCGCCGCCGCCUCUGUCCCUGGCGCUGUCCCUGGCGUCGUGCCUACCCCAGUCUCGACUAGAAUUACAUGGCAGCAGCCCUAUACAGGUCCCAGAGAGCCAUUGGCUUCGACCAGCCAGCAAGGUAGCAGGUCGUCAAGUCAUGUCCCAGGGCAGGCGCCGUCGUCCGAGCCGACUGCCGCAUCAACGGUAUCUCCCGUGGCAUCGGCGCCUUUGACCACGCCUACGGAGGCGGGACCGGCCGAUGUCCAGGUUGUCGCAGUAGAGGGCGCUACAUCGUAG